GGACAUGAACACCCCAUGUCUCUUCGUUACUUUGUGCAUCAAUGCAAACCUCCCACUGACACGCGAAUGCCCCCUGGCUCCUUGUUACUUUGUACACCAACGCAGCGUUGACUUCCUUGUGUUUGCAGACCACGUGACAGUUUCACCGAUCCGGUGUGAAGACCCAGCGGGAGGUACGGAGAUGACGCAGGUGACCACCGAACCGUUCGGGGACGUCGACGAGGGUUCCGUGGAGAAGUGGGUCCUGCGGUCCUCCCUCGUCACGGUGGAAGUCCUCACCCUCGGUUGCAUCAUCAGAUCGAUCCGUUGCUCGGACAGGAAGGGAAGGGUGGAUGACGUGGUCCAGGGGUACGACCACCUGGAAGGCUACGCCACCGACCGGCGGUACUUCGGCGCGCUGGUGGGCCGCGUGGCCAACAGGAUCGCCGGGGGGCGAUUCGUGGUGGACGGGGUGGAGUAUCGGCUGGCCGUCAACAACGGGCCCAACGCCCUGCACGGCGGGCUCAGGGGCUUCAACAAGGCCGUCUGGCGGGCAGAGAGGGUUGAAGACGGCGUGUGUUUGAGGCACACCAGUCCAGACGGAGAUCAGGGCUACCCAGGAGAAGUGCAGGUCGCUGUCACCUACACCCUGAAGGGAGGAUCGCUGAGGAGCCGGUACCAGGCCAGAGCCACCAGAACCAGCCCCAUCAACCUCACCAACCAUUCCUACUUCAACCUGGCGGGCCAGGCCGUAGAAAACGUCUAUGACCACGAGGUGUCCAUCCAGGCCCAGUCCUACCUGCCUGUGGACGGGACCUCCAUCCCUACAGGUGAGGUGAGAGCCGUGGAGGGCUCGCCCUUUGACCUCCGGAAACCAGAUCUGAUUGGCUCUCUGCUCAAGCCCCUCCCAGGCCCAGGGUUCGAUCACAACUUCUGUUUAGCCUCUCCGGGGGACCCAUGGGCCCUCAGACCCGCUGCCAGGGUGUGUCAUGCAGAGAGUGGGCGUGUCCUGGAGGUUUCCACCAGCCAACCAGGUGUCCAGUUCUACACGGCCAACUUCCUGGAUGGCUCUGUGGUGGGGAAGGGAGGUUCCCGCUACGCCAAACACAGCUCCUUCUGCCUGGAGACGCAGAGCUGGCCUGACGCCAUCAACAAGCCCUCCUUCCCCUCAUGUCUGCUGCGUCCCGGGGAGGAGUAUCUCCACGAGACCACCUUCAGCUUCUCCACCGUCUGAACCAGACGACCUCCGACCUUUGACCUGACUCCUGACCUCCAGAGUCUCCAUCAGUGACCUGGAGACAUCUUGGUUUUCUCCUCAGUACUAAAUCAUCAUAAACAAGACUUUCUAGUUGACCUGCAUUAUGUCUAUACGUAUAUCUGAAGUUGAUUAGCAUCGUCUCAACAUUCAUGUCUAAUUUUGUAUACAUUUUACAUUAUUGAGAAAUUAUUAAAUUAUAUGCAUAAUGUAAUUAUUUAUAUUUCCUCCAGGGGCUGCUGCACCCCCUAUCUCCCUCUACAUUUGGCGAGCCAGCCAUUAGUGUUCUAACUCAGCCUACCGAUAACACGACAGAGAGCAGGGACCUCUGUAAAGGGUUAGAGAUAUGGCCGAGUCGAUGGGACAAAUUACUGAAAACAAUGAACUAUUUAAUCGUUGCUUUUUUAAAGUUAUGACUUGAUGGUAUUAAAUCAACGAAAGGAAACAUAACAAAAUAGAGCAUGUCACAGAUACCAUAACACAUAAACCAUAUCAAAAUACAGGCCGUAAGUAAUAAUAACAAUACUAAACUAAGCCGGCAUAAUAUAUAAAUGAAAACUAAAUAAAACAAUACUGUACAAAAAAAACCUCUUGCAGUCCUGUUGAUGAAUAGUAGUCCUCUUUGCUCCUCCGAGUCAAAGAACACGGUACUCAAACGUCCAGGUGAACGGCAACGGGCGUCCUUGAAUGUCUGAAAGACCUCGAAAGUAUGGGGAAAGUCUGCGAAAGACCGUGGAAAGGACAAAGGCUCUCCUCACUGGCUUGUCGCUCGAUUCCUCUUCGCCAGAGGAAGGUGAGCCAACCCUCGUGGUCACACCCGCUAUCUGGUGCGGCGGUCCACGGGAAAAUCCCUUCGUAAUAGCGACGCUGGCUGCGUUAGCUAGC